AUGCGGGCGGUUCUGCCAGGGAAGCCUCAAACGAAGCUCCAAGCUCUCAGCACCGCGCUGUGGGAUGGGAUUCGGAUUGUUGCAUACAUCUCCGGCAAUGCGCUCGUUAUCUUGACCGGGGCCCAGACGCUCCUCCAGACUAUAUACGUUGACGAUACAGAGCAACUUGAGACGAUAUCGAUUGAUGAAGCUUCGGGACAUAUCGCCGUCAGUGGAGGGUCGGAUAUCUUUAUUUAUCGCCCUAAUGGCUUCAAGGGCGAGUCAUUAAAGUGGUCGCUUGUAUAUACGUUUGCCUCCGAAGACGAUAAGGAAGAUGUGACCACACUAUCAUGGGGUUCUUCUGAAGAACUCUUGGUCGCGAACUCUAGCCUGUCUGUGUGGUUCCUAAACGGCGCGCCCCGUUUGGUGUGGAAAAAGAAAUUGGCCAGCCCAGCAAAAUUCGCAGAGUUUUCCCCGGAUGCCGAAUUAGUAGCUACGACCGGAAAAUAUGACCGACUUGUUAAAAUAUGGAGAAGACUGUCGUUUGGCGCGGAUGACGUCCGAUUUGAGGUGAUCUAUCUGCCCCAUCCGGCCGCUGUUACAAAAAUACACUGGCGCAAACCAUUCCAUCGGGAACAAUCACUCGACAAUGUGUUAUAUACAAUGUGCACCGAUGGCAAGGUCAGGGUAUGGGCUAUGUCGGAGCACCAAUCUCUCUCUGUGAUGCAUCUUUGGACGGAGAUUGAUAUGAAUACAUCCAUUCAACCCCGAGAUCGGUCACAUGAAACCAGUCGUCGUUAUGCAUUUAUAGUCGACGGUCGAGACUUCAGAGCUGCUACCGAGCGAGCUGUUCAGCGAAACACUCAAAAGGAUAAUCUAGCCUUGGAACAUCUUGUUGAGGUAGCAAACAAGAGUCCCGAUGUUUGUGUUGUUCUUGACGAUUAUGGUCAUAUGUGUGCGUGGGCUCUAGAAAACAUUGGAGGUAAAACCAAGUCUGCAACCGACGUUUUCAACAUCCUUCACAUAGAGGGCUUGCAUUUCUCUUUUCUUCACACAGUCCCCCCAGAGCAGGACUAUGCGCAGUUUUAUUCCUUCGGCGCUUCCACAGCGGAAGACUCAUUAUCAAUACUGGUUCACUACUUCGACGGAAGGAUAGAAUGGUUUGAUUCCCAGGUGGACGUACUUUUCGAUCCGACACCGCGGAAAACCCGAUUGACAUCGCGAGGCACUUGGUCUGGCCAUACAGAGCCUAUCAAGAAGAUCGUCCGCAGUGCACGGGGUCAUGUCCUUGUGUCACGAACCGAUGACAACAAUGCAAUGAUUUGGCGACAAAGGGUUCGAAACUCGGGUUCUAUUAUGACCAGUCAAAGUUCGCUUUCAUCGCCGGAGCACAUACAUCGGACGUGUGUGAUUGGGGACGGCUAUUUUCUAGUCAAUCUCCAUCAUGAUGGUCUGUCUCUAUGGGAUAUUCGAUCUUCUCCUGCUGUCAUGUUGGAUUCUCGUGAUUUCUCUAUCGCUAGCAAGCCCCUCUGCGUUUUGAUGGUGCCGAAUCCUGACCCAUCCGAUAAUGUAGUGUACAUUGCCACAAUAAGUGCAGAUAUGAAGGGUAUCGCUUGGGAAGUCGACUUGUUCGACGCAAAUGCUGACAGGGAUACAACAAAAAAUAAAUCCACUACUGUUCUGCGACAGUUUUGUACAUUUGAUAUGGGGCUAGACGACGACGUUGCUUAUGUUUUGGCUGUUGACCCAGCUGGCCAGAUGGUUCGAAGUUCAGGAUCCUUGGACCUUUUUGCUGCAGAUAUCGCCCUGUCAUACACCGAGAAAGGGACCAUCCACACCUGGGCAGCUAAAGUCGACAAAAAGAACUCUAAAUUGGACUGGCUGCUCACAUCUUCGGUUGAAACUGGCAUAGCAAAUCCAUCCCUGGCGAGUGGAAGUUCUAUUCGCAAAGCAGCACUGGUCGACCAAGAGCGCACACAUCUUUCUAUAUGGGAUACUAGCGGCGCUCAACUAGAAUUCGACGAGCAAUUUCCAGAUCAUGACAUGAUUCGAGAUCUCGAUUGGACCUCCACGCCAGACCAACAAUCAAUUUUAGCAGUCGGAUUUUCCCACAAAGUCAUUUUGUUCUCGCAGCUCAGAUAUGACUACCUGGAUGCUGGUCCUUCAUGGACUCCAGUGCGAGAGAUCCGUAUUCGGGACUUGACUCCACAUCCAAUUGGCGACUCGUGCUGGUUGGGCAGUGGCAAUCUCGUCGUUGGUACAGGAAAUCAACUUUUCGUAUACGACAAAGAAAUCGAAGCGCACAGUCAAUUGGUUUCUGAACUUCGCAUACCGGCCCGAGGCAGCUCGUUUGUAGAUAUUUUCGACGUUGUCAGCAGACUCAAUGGGCCUUUACCCGUCUACCAUCCUCAGUUCCUCGCCCAAUGCAUUUUGUCGGGGAAAAUGAGCUUGGUACAUCUUAUUCUUUUAAACCUACAUAAGAAAUUGAAGUUUUAUACAGAAGGGGACGGUAUUGACACUUUUCUCGAGAUACCCAUCGAAGAGUUUUAUAAAGAUAGCGAGGGCCUGGAAGGAUCAUGGCAUGGCUUCCGUUCAUCUGAUGACUACGAUCACGAGCCGCAAGUCUUGGAUGAGAAUGUAGCGGCGGUGCUGAAUGAGAACCUUACUCGAGUUACGCUCCCGCAACUUUCAAGUCAGGAGCAAUUCCGUCUAGUUGAUACGAUCGAAUGUGUUGCUACGGUUGAGAAGCAUCGAAGGUCCAUGGAUGCCAAUGCUGCCCGAUAUCUACUUUUUUUCCGGCAGCAUAUGCUCCGAAGAACCCAGGGAGUUGCGAACAAAGACACCGUUUCCUGGCGAGAAAUCGUGUGGGCUCUGCAUAGCGGCAGCCAAGAUAUAAUCACGGAUUUGGUUUCCAAACAAUUCAGUGGAAAGAUGUUAUGGAAAUCAGCCAGAGAAAGUGGUAUUUUCAUGUGGUUGUCAGACCUCACGGGCUUGAGGGCACAACUAGAGAUUGUGGCUCGCAACGAAUAUACGAAGACUGAAGAGAAGAACCCGAUUGACUGUUCACUAUACUACUUAGCCCUGCGAAAGAAGAACAUCCUUCAAGGCCUGUGGCGUAUGGCGCACUGGAAUCGCGAACAAGCACCCACUCAACGACUACUAGCAAAUAACUUUGAAGAAACAAGAUGGAGAACAGCGGCAUUGAAAAACGCAUAUACGUUACUUGGAAAGCGCCGAUUUGAAUAUGCCGCUGCUUUCUUUUUGCUAGCUGAUCAUUUACGUGAGGCUGCAAAUGUGUGUAUCAACCAGAUCGGGGACAUCCAACUGGCUAUCGCUAUCACAAGAGCAUAUGAAGGCGAUGAUGGGCCAGUCCUCAAAGAGAUCUUGGAGGGCAAAAUUCUUACCGAGGCUGCAUCCGAAGGUAACCGGUGGAUGGCAUCCUGGGCCUUUUGGAUGCUGAACCGUAGAAGCUCAGCGGUGCGAUCUUUAAUCUCCCCAGUCGAUGCCCUCAUACCACCAACGCCAUCGUCUCCCGGAAGUCCGGGCAUGAUCUCCCUACAAGCGAGAUCUUACCUGUCGAACGAUCCUGCACUAGUGGUCCUCUACAAGCAGAUACGCGAAAAGACUCUCCAGACUUUGAAGGGCGCAGCACAGAUUCCGCCCGAUGCGGAAUGGGCAUUUGUACUGCGUAAUGCACGACUCUACGAUCGUAUGGGUUGCGACUUGCUAGCUCUCGAUAUCGUGGCCCACUGGGAAUUCCUACAAGCACCUCCGCCGCGUACUCUGAACACAUUCACCGACACCGAGACGGACUAUCGCAAGUACCUACGGAGACGGAGCAGCCUGGUCGUUGCGGACUUGCCAGCUCGCACGUCUCGCGAUGAUACUGCCACAAGCCAGACUACACAAGCCCAGAAACCGAAGCCGAAACCAACGACGUUUGCGGAACCAGACGCUAAUUCUUUACUGGACAGUUUUGGGUUUUAA